AUGGCUGCUGUUGCUGUAAUCCCGCCAGGUGGAACGUGGUUCGACACUAUCCGGCGGUCUUUUGCCGAUGUUUCAGUCGAUCAAGCAACCGACAACGGCAUUAAUACGACCGAGUUUCUGGAGGCGGCUGAGUCGUUGGUGGUUCUUUUCGACCUGCUCGGAUCCGUUGCCUUUACUCCCGUUAAGAAUGACUUACUGGGUAACAUCAAGAAAAUCCGUGAGCGACAGCUUACAGCCCCAGCGGAGUCGGAGACUCUCCAGCAACUUGUUCUGAACGAGUUGAAAACCGGGAAACACACAGCUACCGAAGGCCUUGUAUGGCUGGUUCGUGGCCUUGACUUUACCGCCCAAUCUCUUCGCCUCAACCUUUCUCAGCCUGCUGACGAACUUUCCACCUCUUUCCGCGCUGCAUAUGGUACCACAUUAAGGCCCCACCAUGGCUGGGCUGUAAAACCUAUUUUCAGCGCUGCUAUGUCUGCAACCCCAUAUAGAAAGGAUUUCUAUGCAAAACUCGGGGAUGAUACCACCAAAGUUCACGCAGCGAUGGAUAAAGAGAUCGCAGCGUUAGAGAAGGUGGUGACGAUUCUUCAGCAAUUCCAGAAGAGACCUGAGGCUAAAUGGUAA